AUGCCUUUCAUGUUAUCUCCAGGUGCGGUAAUCAUAGCUGCUGUGGCUGUAGGCGCGGCGAUAGCAGUCUAUGAAUCACCACAAGCCCGACAAUUCGCUGAAGAUGUUCGGCGUAGAAUCGCAGUCGCAUUACAUUCCCUCGGCGAUGAAAUCAAUCCGAAUAGUCGACAGCCCCGUUUCAACCGCCCUGAGGAUGCAGAGGGUUUUAUGCAGAGUGCUUCGGAAGUAGGCGUAGAUGCCGAUGAGGAUAGCAGGAGAAAACAGAGAGAGGAAUUGAUGUAUUGGAAUGCAGUACGCAUGGAAAGAAUGGAAAAGGAGCAAAGGAUGGAUGAGAAGAGACCAGCGGGAAACCCGAGCCGAAAGCCGAGUUUUGAGGAUUUCUUACAAGAGGAUCCCAAUGCUGAGAAGGGCACUUUCGUUUACAAUACUGGUACAGAUUUGAACGGUCAAGCUGAAGAGGGUCUCACCCAUCGACGCGGUGUACGAGGUUUGAAUCGAUCAACAAUCUACGCCAACCCAUUUGCAGAUGAGCACGGUAUUGACAGCGAGGAACAACAAGCCAUGGAUAGAAGUUUAAUGUCUCCCGGAGACGGUGAACAAUACGAAUCGGACUCUGAAGGAUUAUACAGUUGCCACGAAGGCCGAACUCGAUCCCGCUCUCGACAAAGUACUUCCACUCUCUCACCAGCAGAACCUAUUGCCCACGAAGACGCCGAAACCCUUGUUGAUCUUUCUGAACCAUUCAACCCAGAUCCACCAGUCUCUGUACCUACCCUUGAAAACUUGGAAACCGAGCCAACUUACACAGCAAGAGCACAAGACAAUGAAAAUCCAUUUGCAUCCAUUCACGCCUGGGCCGAUCAUACCGAUAACGCAACCGGUUUUUAUUCUCCUCUGCCUGUUACACCCCACGAACGCCCUUCAACUCCAACCGCCACCCAGAGCGCUCAAGUUACUCCCCCAUCGCCUACCAUCUCCGAUCCCGAUUAUUCCUCCCUCGAAUCCCUUGAUGGAGAUGGAAUGAUUACUCCCACAGAUUCCGUAUCAUUGGCUGGUUCAGGCGAAGAAGUCUGGCACCCAAGAAGCGGCGCUACCAGUGACGCCGAUGUCAUGAGUGUAGAUGACGGUAUCGUCACACCCGAUAGCUGGUCGGAAAUCGGAAGCUUAGCAAGCGAAGAUGAAGUACACCAUUAA